AAGUUCUGUCGCAACGAGUACAACUUGACUGGUCUUUGUAAUCGAGCAUCGUGCCCUCUGGCUAACAGUCAAUAUGCCACCGUUCGAGAGGAAAAUGGCAUUUGUUACUUAUAUAUGAAGGUAAUUGAGCGAAGUCACUAUCCAAGACGAUUAUGGGAAAGAAUAAAGCUAUCGAGAAACAUGACAAAAGCUGUCGAACAAAUUGAUGAUGCUCUUGUUCACUGGUCAGAAUAUAUAAGACAUAAGUGCAAGGCAAGAUUGAUACGUAUCCAUCAAUACCUGAUUCGAAUGCGCAAAAUGAAACUCAGAGCAAGACAGCAAAAAAUAGUUCCAAUACAACGUAAGAUCGAACGUCGUGAAGUACGCCGUGAGGAAAAAGCGCUGAUAGCUGCAAAACUUGACACAGCAAUCGAGAAAGAAUUGUUGAAUCGGUUGCAAGAAGGAACUUAUGGAGACAUCUAUAACUUCAGGCAAGAAGCUUUCAACAAUGUUUUGGAUCAAGAAGAAAUGGAAACCGAAGAGGGUGAACGAGAAGUUGAGAUUGAAGAAGAAGACGACGAAGUGAGUUUGAUUCAUUUGAACUGA